AUGGCGAGCCGGGGCCUCGUGUUGCGAGCGACCUCCCUCCUCUUGUGCUUGCUGAUGACUCCUGGACUCGCUUGGCGCGGCCUAGCUCUCGUCGGGCGAGCCGCGCGGCCGCGCACUUCGCGGCUGGCGGCGAGCGCGCGCCGCACGUGGGCGAUAGCCGAGGACGGCAGGUGGCUCUCCAGCGCCGCGGCCACGGCGAGGGGUGCGAACGACGUCGGGUGGAGCGGGCUAUCGCGCGAGGCACGCGCCUCCAGUGACGCCUCCAGCGUGACUGACGGCGCUGGUGCUCGCCUCGCCGCAGCCGCACGCGAGACUGCCGCCGCCGCCGCCUCGCCGGCGGCUGAGGCGGCUCGUGCUCGUCCGGUGGGCGACUUCACGCCGGGGUUCCACGACCAGGAGGAGGUCGGCGUGCACGAGGUGAGCGACGCCGCCGAGGCGCGCCGCGUCGCCGCCCUCCUGUGUGCUCGCGACGAGCUGAUCCACGCCUGCGACACCGAGGUGGCGGACCUCGACCUCGGCCGCUCGCCGCUCGGGCAGGGGAGGGUGCUCUGCAUCACCGUCUACUCGGGGCCCGACCUGGACGUCGGCUCGGGGCCCGGGAAGGCCCUCUUCGUCGACACGACCGAGCCGGGCGUGCUCGAGGCCUUCAAGCCCUGGCUUGAGCGUGAGUCUGCGCUCAAGGUCUGGCACAACUAUGGCUUUGACAGGCACGUGCUGUACAACCACGGCGUCGACGUCGUCGGCUUCGGAGGCGACACGAUGCACAUGGCGCGGCUGUGGGACGCGUCCCGCCUCGCGGGCUACUCGCUCGCCGCGCUGACCGAAGAGCUGGUCGGCCGGGCAAAGGUGUCGAUGAAGGAGAUCUUCGGCGAGCCAAAGCUGCGCAAGGACGGCACGCCGGGCAAGAUCAUCGAGCUGCCGCCGCUCGACUCGCUGCAGGCGUCGCCGCUGACGCGGCCGGACUGGCCCCCAGAUCUCCCCAGAUCUCCCCAGAUCUCCCCAGAUCUCCCCAUAUGCGAGCUGCUCACCGACAUGGAGCGCGCCGGAGUGAUGGUGGACGUGCGGUCCAAGCUGCCGCUGGCGCAGACGCGCGCCCAGGCCGACCGCGACGCGGCGGAGCUGACGUUUCGCAAGUGGGCGGCGAGGUACACUGAGGCAGCGUGGUACAUGAACGUCGGCUCGGGCACGCAGGUGCAGACCCUGCUCUUCGGCGGCGCGACAAGGCGAAAUUCGGCCGAGGAGCUCCACGUGGCGAGGCUGCGCGCGACCGGCCACGCGCACGGUGCGGAGGCGGGCGCGGCGGCGAGGGAGGCGGCGGCGAGGGAGGCGGCGGCGGGGGCAACGGCGGGGCUUGCGGCGGCGGCGGGGGUGGGGCGGGCGGCGGAGGAGGAGGCGGUGCGUGCGGCGGGCGGCGGCGGCGGUGCGGCGCUGACUGGGGAGCGGCUGGGCAAGCUUAAGGUGUCCGAGCUCAAGGAGGAGCUCGACGCGCGCGGCGUCUCUCGCAAGGGGCUCCGGCUCAAGGCGGACUUGCGGCAGAGGCUCAGCGAGGCGGUGUCGACCAGCGAGGCGGUGGGACCGCGCCCGUCGACGCCGGCAGCGGAGACCACUUCUCCCGCGGCCGCGCCCGCCGCGCCGGUUGCGGCGGCGGCGGCGCCGACGGCUGCGGCGGCGCCGACGGCUGCGGCGGCGCGCGAGGCGGCGGCGGCAGCGACGGCGGCGGUGGUGGAGGCUGGAGGCGUGUCCUUGGAGGGCGUCAUCGUGGACAGCGGCCGGAAGGAGGCGCUCUGCCAGAUGGGCGCCAUCGACACGAUGCUCUCCAACUUCAUCCUUCCGCUGCAAGACUUGGCCGACGGCACGUCGCGCAUCCACUGCUCGCUCAACCUCAACACCGAGACCGGCCGCCUGUCGAGCCGCACCCCCAACCUGCAGAACCAGCCUGCGCUCGAGAAAGACAAGUACCUCAUCCGAGACGCCUUCGUCGCCGCCCCCGGCAAGGCCCUCGUCGUCGCAGACUACGGCCAGCUCGAGCUGCGGCUGCUCGCACACAUGACGGCGUGCACCUCGAUGGUCGAGGCCUUCAAGCUCGGGGGCGACUUCCACUCGCGCACCGCGAUGGGGAUGUUCGACCACGUUCGCCGCGCCGUGGAGGACGGCACCUGCCUGCUCGACUGGGACUACUCGCAGGGCGAGCCUCCCGCGCCGCUGCUCAAGGACCUCUUUGGGUCGGAGCGGAGGCGCGCGAAGACGCUCAACUUCUCGAUCGCGUACGGCAAGACGGCGCACGGCUUGUCCAAGGACUGGGGCGUCUCGAUCGACGAGGCGAAGGAGAUGCUGCGCGCCUGGUACGCGGACCGGCCCGAGGUGCUGCAGUGGCAGAAGGACACCAUCGCGUCGGCGCGAGCGACGGGCGCCACGCGCACCCUCCUCGGCCGCUACCGCACGCUGCCCGGCAUCCAGGGGCGGAACGGCGCCGUGCGCGCGCACAUGGAGCGAGCCGCGAUCAACACGCCCAUCCAGGGCGGCGCGGCGGACAUCAUGACGCUCGCAAUGAUCAAGCUGCAGCGGUCCGAGAAGCUGCGCGAGAUGGGCUUCCGCAACCUGCUGCAGGUGCACGACGAGGUGAUGUUCGAGGGGCCGGCGGAGCUCGCGGACGAGGCGCGCGCCGAGGUGGUGGCGUGCAUGGAGCGGCCCUUCGACGAGAACUUGCCUUCGCUGCUCGUCGAUCUGGUCGUUGACGCAAACACAGCCUCCACGUGGUACGAGGCCAAGUGA